AUGGGAGACAGCUACAGAAAGGAACAAGGUCUGUAUUUUUUGCUUUUCCUUUGUCUUCAUGGAGCAGUGAGUAUAUCACUUCACUAUUCUGUGCCUGAAGAAAAGAAAAGGGGGUCUUUGGUGGCUAAUGUGCUGGAGGAUUUGAAACUGGGAAAAGGGGAGCUGUCAGCUCACAGAGCCCAGCUGGUUUCUAAGAACAGUAAGCAAUAUUUUCGUCUUGAUACCAAGACUGGGAAUUUGUUGAUAAAUGAUAAAAUAGACCGAGAAGCACUCUGUGGCCAGACUGAUCCUUGCUUGUUACACACUGAAAUUGUGUUGCAAAAUCCCUUAAAGAUCUACAGUAUUGAAGUCAAGAUAGAAGAUGUGAAUGAUAAUAUCCCCAAAUUCUCUAAAAAGGCAUUUGAUCUGGAAAUUCCUGAGAAUGUCCCUCCAAAUACUCAUUUCCCCUUGGAAUUUGCCCAAGAUGAGGACCUGGGAAUGAAUAACAUCCAAAACUACACUCUCAGUCCCAAUGAACAUUUCAUACUUAGCAUGGAGAGCAACAAGAAUGGAAGGAAAUAUGUGGAUCUUGUUCUGGAGAAGCCAUUGGACAGGGAGAAGGAGCCACACUUUGGAUUAAUUCUCAUGGCUGUAGAUGGAGGGGUGCCACAGAGAACAGGCACGGUUCAAAUAAAUAUUGAUGUUCUUGACAAUAAUGACAACUUUCCUCAGUUUACCCAGUCUGAAUACAAAGCUAGGUUAAAAGAAAACAGCCCACAGGGUACUCUGGUCUUCAAAGUGGAAGCUACAGAUUUGGAUUUUGGCUCAAAUGCACAGAUCACCUACUCAUUCAACCGGGUACCAGAAAAAAUAUAUGAUCUGUUUCACCUAAAUGAAAUCACGGGGGAAAUCACCCUUUCUGGUCAGCUUGAUUAUGAAAAGGAAACCAGCUAUGACAUGAGCAUCAGGGCUACAGAUGGAGGGGGUCUUUCAGGUCAUUGCAAGGUCCUGGUAGACAUUGAAGACAUGAAUGACAAUGUCCCUGAAGUGUCCAUCAUAUCCAUCACUAGUCCUGUGGCAGAGGAUUCUCCCCUGGAGACACUUGUGGCUCUCUUCAGUGUCAUAGACCGAGACUAUGGUGAUAAUGGCAGAACUGUGUGCUCUGUGGAGGCAACCCUUCCUUUUAUGUUAAAACUCACUAUGAAUAAUUAUUACCAGCUUGUGGUCCAAAGUCCCUUGGACAGAGAGAAGGUCUCAGAGUAUAAUAUCACCAUCACAGCCGUAGACCAAGGCUCCCCCAGGCUCACUUCAACAAGAAUUAUUAACGUUCAGAUCUCAGAUGUCAAUGACAACCCUCCAGUAUUUGAAAAGUCUUCAUGUGAAAUGCAGAUACGGGAAAACAAUAUUCCAGGACUGCUCAUUGGCUCAGUCCAUGCUGCUGAUCUGGACACUGAGAAGAAUGCCAAGGUCACCUACUCCCUUUUGCCUGGGAAGGUCACUGAUGGCCUUGUGGCCUCUUACAUCUCAGUCAACUCUGAAAGCGGAAAUCUGUAUGCCCUCCGAUCUCUGGAUUAUGAGCAGAUCAAAGAUUUCAAAGUGAUGGUGAGGGCUACAGAUGGAGGCUCUCCUCCCCUCAGCUCAGAAGUUACUGUCCGAGUCGUAAUCCUAGACGAAAACGACAACGCUCCCUUCUUCCUCUACCCUCUUCAGAACAGCACAUCCCCUGCAAUGAGCUGGUGCCCAAGUCGGUGGAGGCCGGCUACCUGGUCACCAAGGUGGUGGCUGUGGAUGGAGAUUCUGGCCAGAACUCGUGGCUUUCCUAUGAGCUGCUGA